AUGGCCAUUAAUCUGUUUUCUCCCCGUCAGUGGACACUGUGGGUGCUGUUGCUCGUGUCCUGUACGGGCGCAUUUUAUAUCCCUGGAUAUUCGGUCACUCGAUAUAAUGACAACGAUCCCAUUCCCCUUCUCGUGAACAAGAUCUUUUCCGAUCACACCGAACUGCAAUAUGCCUAUUUCGACCUUCCGUUCGUCUGCCCACCGAGCGGUAAGCGACACGGUGGCUCCCCAUUCGGAUCUGGCCAGAGUAUCUCGCUCAAUAUUGGGGAGGUGCUACGUGGUGAUCGAAUCAUGACCUCUGACUUUGAGAUUGCGAUGGGGAAGGAUGUCGAAUGUCAGUCUCUCUGCACCCGCGAAGUCAGUCGCUCAGAUGUGAAAUGGGCGCGCCAGCUCGUUAAGCAGGGAUAUGUGAUAGAAUGGAUAGCCGACAACUUGCCAGGAGCCACGAGCUUUGUGACCGUGGAUCGGAGCCGCAAGUAUUAUGCGUCCGGAUUCAAACUUGGCUACCGAGACAUCUCUCCAAUCACCGGGCAGUCACGGUUAUUUAUCAACAACCACUUCACCAUUGUCAUCCGCUGGCGGAGCGCACCCGAAGGAGGCAAGGUGGUCAUUGGGUUUGAGGUGUAUCCGAAAAGUAUUACCGCCGAAGACCGCAAGGAGAACGGAUGCCCCAAGGCUGUUCACGACAACAACGACGGUCUGCAGCUAUAUAUCCCACCUAACCUCUCGCGGAUGCAAGAGAAGUAUUCCGGGCUGUCCUAUAUUCCAGAAGAUGAUGAGGAUGACGAUGGUGCCACUUUGAAGAUCCCCUACACCUACUCUGUUUACUUCCGAGAGGACACUAGUGUUGAAUGGUCUGAUCGCUGGGACCUAUACUUCACCAACCAGAGUGAUAGUUCGAUAACCCACUGGCUGGCGAUCAUCAACUCAUUGAUCAUCUCUACCGUGCUGGGAGUCACUGUGUUCGUGAUCUGGAGCCGCACGGUGCAAGGUGACCUUAAGGGUCGUGGCGAUGGCGCCAUGGAUGACCGGAAGAUCAAGGGCCAAUCUCGACGGAGGAGUGGCAAGUCUGGCGAGAAAAAGGCCGAGGGCCUGUUUGAUGAUAAUGCAGAUGUGGAGCGUGACGCGGAUUACUCGUCGGACGAAGAAGCACUCGAAGACACAAGUGGCUGGAAGCUUCUUCAUGGUGAUGUAUUCCGGAUUCCUGCUUAUAGUGGUCUGCUUGCCCCCUUAGUCGGAUCAGGCAUGCAGCUGUUGUUCAUGGCUUCAGGCUUGCUUCUUCUCAGCUGCUUGGGUGUCCUGAAUCCAAGUUUCCGUGGUGGCUUUGUCAGUGUUGGCAUGGGCUUGUUCGUGUUUGCUGGCCUCUUCUCUGGUUAUUUCUCGGGAAGGCUUUAUAAGACCUUCGGCGGCACCGCUUGGCGCAAGAACACGUUGAUUACUGCUUUCCUUUUCCCUGGUCUGGCAUUUAGCCUCGUGUUGAUCCUGAACCUGUUUGUCUGGGCUCAAGCAUCAAGUACGGCAAUCCCGUUCAGCACUCUCAUUGGCUUGCUUGCCAUUUGGCUCCUCAUUCAAGUUCCGUUGGUCUACAUUGGGAGCUGGGUCGGAUAUGUCCGUGCAUUACCAUGGGAGCACCCACUGAAGACAAAUGCGAUUCCCCGCCAAAUUCCACCUCAGCCCUGGUAUCUUCAUGGCUAUUUCGGCCCUCUGCUUACUGGUCUCAUCCCAUUUGGGGUUCUCUUCAUCGAAUUGCUCUUUAUUUUCAAAAACUUGUGGCAAGACAAGACCGGUUAUUACUACUUCUUCGGCUUCCUGAGCGUUGUCUCAACCGUGCUGAUUGUGACGGUCAUUGAGGUGACGGUCAUCGCAACAUACAACCAGCUUUGCUCCGAGAAUUAUCACUGGUGGUGGCAGAGCUUCCUCACUGGUGGGAGCAGUGCGGUUUGGAUCUUUGCCUACUGCAUCUGGUACUACCUGUUCAAGCUCCAUAUCACUGGGUUCGUUUCGAGCUUGCUGUUCUUCAGCUACAGUUUCCUCGCCUGUGCUGUGUAUGGGCUCUUGACUGGUACCGUUGGCUUUUUGGCUGCUUAUGCCUUCGUCAGGCGUGUCUAUAGUGCCAUCAAAGUCGACUAG